AUGGCACUUGGACUUGCCGUACGUGAUGCUGGCCUGCCUUCAUGCGCCGGUAUCGUCGGAUGGAGUCCAUUGUUCGAUCUUACACACAGCAUGCCAUCAACUAUAAGUGAUAAAUGCGAGGAAACCGAUUUUGUUUCAAUAACAAGUUUUCGACAUGCAACAUCUCAAGUAGCAGGAGAUGGUGAAAGAUUGCGCGAUGAAUCAAUUUACCUUGCUCAUAGAUGUAAUGAACCAACUAAAUACAAAGGUCCGCAUUAUAAUGCUGGUAAAUUUGAAAAAUCUCCGUUCCAAACUCCAACAAAUAUUACUUUCGAUUUAUAUGAAGAAAUGCCUCACGUAUUUCAGUUGUUUGACUCCCACAUUUGUUCUGUAAUGUCAGUUAAACGUACAAUCGAAUUCAUCAAUAGAGUGGUAGAAACUAAUGAACCGCUUCCUCCCUCAUCUUUCAAUCGUAUAAAUUGUAAAGGAGAAAUCAAUCCAUUAAACGAAAAUGAUAAGGAAGUUCUUCAAUGGAAAAACAUUG